CUGUUGUUUGACUGACCCGCUAUAAACUACAUUUCUUGUAAUUGAUGCAUAGAAUACAAAUAUCUGAUACUUCUAAAAACAAAAUUCUCCCGGGCAAAGCCCUUUAUUGGCACACGUUGAUACAGACCGGCAGUACUUUCGAUGGAGCCGCCAUCUCCACCGUCUUUUCCUCCCAAAGAGUCGCUCAUUAACCGCUGCAAGCCCAUUUGGCGUUCUUUCUUGAUCUUCAACCUCGCUCUCGGAGCUUACAUGUUUGCAGGGGCAAGAAAGAAAGAUGCAGUCAUUGCCAAUAGCAAAGCUGCAGAAAAAAAGUUCAAUGAUCAUGAAGCUACGGAAGAAGAUCCCUCCGAACCUAUUACAAGUCCAGCUGCCCCAAUUUCUGAGAUACCAUAUCUCCCUUAUUCAGUACUGGAGCCAUUGAAGGUCCUGGAGCCCAUCCCUGAAGAUCAGCAGCUUGAACUUUUCCAAUGGAUUUUGGAAGAGAAGAGAAAAGUCAAACCCAAAAAUCGUCAAGAGAAGCAACGAAAUGAUGAAGACAAGGCGAUGCUAAAACAGUAUAUUCGUGCAAAAUCCAUUCCAAGUCUUUAGUUGAUGCUUUUCUUGACCAAAUAUUUGUUGUAGAGAUCAUGCUACAAGGGACAACCUCUCACAAAAUAUAAAAAAUAAAAUAAAAAAAAGGGACAGACUCUCACAUUUUGAUCUUAUUGUAGGACUCAUUUUGAACUUUCAGAUAGAUAGUCAAUAGAUUUACAUUUGUCAGGCUA